AUGGCGGCAGCAAACACUGUCGCAAGCGCCGAUACCCCCUGCGGGAAGAAGCCGAAGAUCGUUUUUGUAUUGGGCGGCCCCGGAGCAGGGAAAGGGACUCAAUGCGAACUGCUAACGAAGCACCACGAGGUGUUCCACAUUUCUGCUGGCGACUGCCUGCGCGAGGAGCGCCAAAGACCCAACAGCAAGGAUGGCGAAUUGAUUCAGGAAUGCAUCCGCGAAGGCCGCAUUGUCCCCGUGGAGAUCACGCUCACGUUGCUUCUGAAGAAGAUGCUGGCGCGCGGCUGGUCGCGAAUCUUCCUGAUCGAUGGGUUUCCGCGCAACCAGGACAAUCUCGAAGGCUGGAUGUCCUUCACCAAGCGCGAGAAUCUGCUGAAAAAGUUGGAACAGAUCAGCGCCUCCGACCCAGAACUUGCUCUUCAGUGCAAGCAGGUGAUGGAGCAGCUCAAGGCCGAAGAACAGGCGGCCGAGGGAGGCCAAACCGCCACGCAAGAGAAUGGCGCGUGCGCUGCCGACAACAACAGUGGCGUCGAGAUCGCUUUCUGCUUGUUUCUGGACUGUUCGGAGGAAACUAUGGAGGAGCGCUUGUUGGAGCGUGGAAAGCACAGCGGCCGUGCAGAUGAUAACGCGGCAGCCAUCAAGAAGAGAUUCAGAACGUACAAGGAGGAGACUCUGCCCAUUAUUCAGUAUUUCGAAAAACAAAACAAAGUCAAGGCGAUCGAUGCGGCGCAAUCCGUCGAGCAGGUGUGGAGUUGCGUCGAUCAACUGUUUAAGAAUCUGUGA